CGUCAAGUAUAUUACGUACGCAACCCUGGUCGGAAGUGAAACGUUUUGGCGUGAUCAGACCGGCCCAAAGUUUUUAAAAGAAUAAUAUUCUUAAAUCUAAGAAUAUUUAUUAAUUUUUUAAAUUAAAAACCAAAAAAGAAGAAACCGCAAAAAUGACGAUCGGAAAGAAUAAUAAGAUGCUGCAGCACAUCAACUAUAGAGUGCGAAUUAUCCUACAAGAUUCUCGUACUUUCAUUGGAACAUUCAAAGCUUUUGACAAGCAUAUGAAUUUAAUUCUUGGUGAUUGUGAGGAAUUUCGUAAAAUCAAACCAAAAAAUACCAAACAACCGGAAAGAGAGGAGAAGCGUGUUCUUGGUUUUGUUUUAUUACGUGGGGAGAAUAUUGUCUCGUUAACUGUUGAAGGACCACCUCCUCCCGAAGAAGGUUUACCAAGAGUACCAAUUCCAGGCGCUGCACCUGGACCAGGAAUGGGAAGAGCCGCUGGUCGUGGAAUGCCAGCAAAUGUCGCUGGUAUACCAGCUGGAUUACAGGGACCGGUACGUGGUGUUGGCGGUCCUUCACAACAAAUAAUGACACCCGGUGGUAGAGGACAAGUGUCAGCACCACCACAAAUGCAUCCUGGUGCUCCUCCACGAAUGCCAGUCGGUGGACCACCACCUGGAAUGAUGGGACCUCCACCCGGCAUGAUGGGUAUGCCACCAGGAAUGCCUCCAAUGGGUCGAGGUGGACCUCCAAUGGGUCCUCCAAUGAGAGGACCACCACCUGGAAUGAUGCGCGGUGGACCACCUCCAAGACCUUAUUAAUUGUAAUUAUCAACCAUUUUUUUUUUUUUCACUCUUCAAACCAAUAAAUCAGAAUCUUAAUUAAGAAUAA